AUGCAACUCACAGAUAAAAUCAAGAGAUACAUUUUGUUUCUGAUCUGUCUAUUUGCAGCACUUACUGUGCUAGUGGUGGUGACUGUACUGGUGAUAACACGUGGGGAGAAGAAGCCAGUUGCACCCGCUGAUAUCAGCCAAACAUCAGUACCAGAUGAACCCAAGAAAAUAAAAUCAAAAAAAUCGUUAAAAUCACCAAAACAACCAAAACGCCCGGAACACGUCCAAUCGUACAUAGAUCAAUUUGAUUCCGUCGUACGAUUCAUCCACUUCUUCGCAAGUGAAAAAAAUAACAUCGAAACGAGACUAUUCGAUAAGUUCAAAUUGGAGAGAAUGCGCAACAAUAAGUCACACAUUUACCUGUUUAAAAACAAGACGAUUGUGAUCAAAAUGGAGUAUAUGAAGGAAAAGAAUGACGAGAAAGACGAGCUACUGAGUUCUUUUGAUCAUCCAAAUUUGAUCAAAAUCCACAAAAUCACUACUAAGAGAUAUACAGAAUUAGUUAAUACCAAAAUUGUUGGAUUGUACGUGAACUAUUCAUUGAUGGACUACACUGGUAAUUCUAGCAACGCUAAUACGACUGAUUUCACUGAAUACCUUAGGAUUCUGUCUACUGGAGUAUUACGUGGAUUGGAAUACAUUCACAGUAAGGGGGCAGUCCAUGGUAAUGUUGUGAUCCAUAGUGUAAUUAAGGAUAAAGAGACCUGGAAACUCUAUGGAUUCAGUAAACUAAGAAAGGUGCCUGGUGGUGAAAUGUUGGUGACUAAACGUUCUGGGAAGAUCUACGAGGUGCCACCAGAAUACGCCAUCAGUGGAAUUAUAUCGACUAAAAUGGACAUUUGGCAGUUUGGGCUCCUUCUGAUCUACAGAUUGCUGCUCCAACGAGGAGGAAAGACCAGUUUCUUGCACAUUGAGAGGUUGAUAGAGGGCUACUUUGGUACGCAGUACAACAAGACCAAAACCAUAAACAGCAAGUUGCCACUACCAAUAGCGAUUGAUAAGGAUGUGCCAGAUGUUCUGGUUGAUUUCCUCAAUAAGACACUGAUUGUUGAUCACAGAAUGAGAUGGAGCGCAACACAGCUACUCAAUCACAGAUUUAUCACCGGUAAAGACUGA